AAUUGAAAAGUAUAGACUAAAUUACUCGGGAUCCAAGACAAGAGAGGAAACAACCUGAAAAAACCAACGCCAAACCCAACUAGACUUAGAAUCCAAUACCCUAACUCCCCCACACUCCCACGCAAACUGCCAGUAACAACCCUAUUCCAACUGCCAUUCCCUCUUUCCUUAAAUCCUUGUGUUUCUCAAUAGACAAAUCUUAAAAACCAACAAAAGACACAAAAAACAAAGAAACCCCGAUCGGCCCUCUUCAUUUUAUGUCCGAAAAGAGUCUCCGACGACGGCUUCCUAGAUGCCGACGACCACGAAUUCCGCACCCAUCGCCGACUCCAAGGCUACGGACGCCUCCCCCACAUCGCCGAUCGUUGAGAAGGUCGUCCAAGUACGACAGGAUUCUCAAGCGAUGUGCUUCUGAACCAUGUCUUUGGAGCAGUAUCGGUGAAGAUCAGCCAAGUAGGAGUAGUUUCGUGGGAUCUGAAGCUGAAAGGGCGCCUUUCUUUAGGCCCCAUACUUGUACUGACGUCUUCGCAUCUUCCCCUUCUUUGCUGGGUUUUUGCUCUCCUUCUUCUCCAAAGCAAGGUUUCGAGUUUGGGAGGCAAGGCUACAACAAAGACGCUAAGGUUGUAAUCAAUGUAUCAGUUGAAGGAAGUCCAGGACCAGUCCGGACCAUGGUCAAAUUGGGGUCUAGCGUCGAAGACACCAUAAAGCUUGUCGUACACAAGUAUGUUGAAGAAGGGAGAACCCCUAAACUUGAUUGCAAUUCAGGAUUGGAAUUGCAUCAUUCUUAUUUUAGCCUUCAAAGUUUGGAUAAAUCACAGUUAAUUGGGGAUGCUGGAAGCAGAAGCUUCUAUCUUAGAAAGAAUAGCAGUGGGCAUAGUAGCAAUGGUGCAUCUACUUCUUUUGUUGAUCCAGGAAGACCCAACCCUCCUCCUGCAUUUUUGGUUACGGGUUUCAUUGCUCGAAAGCUCAGCAAAAUCGUAAGAAGAACGCGUCGGCUCUGGCAUGCCUUGGUUUGCUUGAAAUGAUGAAGAUAACCUGCAGGAAUUCCUGGAUCAUAUAUAUACCAUUAUUAGAGUAAGACAACCUAUUAUAUAAUGCUGCUCGGAAAAACAACCUUAAUCAUAUACUAGCUUAUUCUCAUAGUUUUUUUUUUUUUUUUGCUUUCUCCCAUUCUUUUUAAUUGGGAUUGGCUUUAUAUUAUUUACCCUCAUUUUGUAUGAUUGUUUGUAUCUUGUAAAUUGUAUAUUACAUUCUGAGUUAUCAAUUUACUUGAAGCACAUGAUUUGUUGCUACUUUUAACAGUUUAA